UUGUAUUUAUGUAUAAAAUUGUUAGUCUAUGUAUAAAAUAAUAAAAUGAAUUCAGAGGAGUCUCGUUUGCAGAGUUUUAAUACAUGGCCUACUGAUGCUCCUGUCUGUUAUCGGACUCUAUCAGCCAAUGGAUUUUUUGCAACUGGAAACUUAUUGGAGGUCGAGUGCAAUUGGUGUCACUGUGUUAUUAGUGAUUGGGAAAAUAAUGACAUAGAAGAACGACACAUUCGCUUAAAUCCUCAAUGUGAAUUUAUUAUAAAUAGGCACCAAUGUGGUAAUUUGCCUAUGACAAUGACAGCGAAUGAUAUAUUACAGGUGCACCAACAGCGAAACUCGACUGGGAAUGAAGUUCCCUCUUCAGCUCCAAAAGAACAUCGCACUUUUGAUUUACUAAUAGAAAAGGAUCGUUUAGCUACAUUUGUAAAUUGGCCGAAUCCAAAUAUUACACCCCAAUCAUUAGCAAAAGCUGGAUUUUUUUAUCGUAAUCGAUCUGAUGAAGUUGAGUGUGCUUGGUGUAAAGGCGUUAUUGCACAGUGGGAAAAACAGGAUAAUGCAUUCGAGGAACAUCAGCGUUUUUUUCCGGAAUGCCCGCGUGUGCUACUGGGACCUUUAAUUGAAAUAGCCAAUGAUGGGAUUCGAGAUUUGGGUAUUCAACAAAUAUCACCUCCCAAAAAUCCAAAAUAUACAUCAUUACAGUCUAGACUUCGCACUUAUUCAAAUUGGCCAAUAACGGAUAUUCAAAAACCGGAGGAUCUGGCUCAAGCGGGUCUUUAUUAUCAAAAAGUUGAUGAUCAAGUCAGAUGUUUUCACUGCAACAUGGGAUUGAGAUCAUGGGAAAAAGAAGAUGAUCCUUGGUUUGAACAUGCAAAAUGGUAUCCGAUGUGCGAGUUUGUGCGUUUGGUGAAAGGUGUAAAUUACAUUCAAGAGGUUCAAGAAAUAACUAGGACUGCCCAAGCUUCGAAUAAUCCUACAGUAGCUAUGACAAUUGAGGAAGCCAUGUUAUCGGAGCCUAUAAAAGCAGCACUAGAGAUGGGUGUUGAUAGUGAUGCUUUACAAAAUAAAACACAACAAAAAAUAUUGGAAACUGGUCGCCCAUUUGAUACAAUUGAAGAUUUACUGAAAGCUAUAUUUGAUGAACAACAAAAUAUAGAUUCCGACUCAGAAAACUCCAAUUCAACGUCUUAUAGAAACAACUGCAGAAGCCCAAGCCAAAUUACUCAAAAUAGAGAAUCAUAUGCAAGUGCCACAGUUAAUAAUGAUAUUAACUCAGGUAACAUAUCUAGUAAUGAAAUGAACAUAGAACAUGGUACCACAUGCUCUGCAACAGACGCAUCAUCCAGUAUUCAAACAAUAAAUGACAAAAGAUCACCUGAAAACGAUAACCCAAAUGAUAAAUUAAAAACAAGCCAAAUAGAUAAUGAUUCGCAACGCUUGGAAAUAAGCGAAAAGUUGACAUCAGAUCGUAAACUCCUCGAGGAAGAAAAUAGAAAAUUGAAAGAUGCUCGAUUAUGUAAGGUUUGCUUAGAUGAAGAGGUCGGGGUUGUUUAUUUACCAUGUGGCCAUUUAGUAACAUGUGUACAGUGUGCCCCAGGAGUUAAUCAAUGCCCUAUGUGCCGAACAACAAUAAAAGGAUUUGUAAGAACAUAUCUUUCUUGAAUACAAUAUUUUUACAAUAUAGCAGCACCUUCGUAAAAAUUUACUAUAGCAUUAAACAAAUUAUUUAAGUAAAUGCUCCCUGUUUUCUAGACUUUAAUUCCAUAGAAACUAAUAUAACACUACUAUUAACUUAACAUUAAGUACUGUGGUUGUAAUUUAAUUAAAAUGAUAACAAAAUUUGUAAUAAAAUUAAUCAGAUCAAGACAAUGGAAAGAA